CGGGUCCCGCCUCUCAGUAAAUGCCUGUCUGAAGAUUGGUGUGAAAAAAGGCGACGUAACUCCUCUGCUCCGACGUUGAACACCGGUGGGGCUGCCUUAUAAAGGAAGAUGUUGAGGACUGUUUCUCCAGGUCAGGGUUUCAUGCAGGAUAAUCAUGGGGCUCCUUCAGCACCUCCAGCCCUGCCUGGUCGCCGCUUGCAUCUCCACCCUAUUACUCCGGGACAGUGUCAGUCUCCCUGAAGGCUGGGGGUCCCUGAAAAACGAUGCGACCGAAAUCAUUCCCGAGUACUCGGAGACUUCCAACGAGAUGAGGAAUCACAGCGCUAAUCAGGCGAAAUACGGGGGCAGACGGCGAUUCCACUCGUCGCCGAUGCGGGGUGCAGUAGAGUUAAGUUGCAGAGAGCUGCGAUCCACCAGGUACAUAUCAGAUGGCACAUGUCGUAGUGUGAAGCCAGUGAAGGAGUUGAUUUGCUCUGGUCAGUGUAUGCCAGCUCAUCUCCUCCCUAACUCCAUUGGCCGGGUCAGGUGGUGGAGCAGACAUCAGAGCUCUGACUAUCGGUGCGUACCGGCCCACACACGCACCCAGCGCGUUCGACUCGAGUGCCAAAACCAGGAAACAAGGACCUACAAAAUCCAAGUGGUGACUUCCUGCAAGUGCAAACGCUAUUCCCGCCACCAUAACCAGUCGGACAAUAAGCAGUUUGGGAAAGAUGCAGCUUUUAGGAGGAGAAAGAGCAAGAAGAAGGCAACACGAUCCAAAAGUAGAGGGAUAAGCAACCACCAUGAUCAUUCUGACUGAUAGAACUUUAUAUCCAGUGUAAUGUUUCACUUUAUGAAAGUUUAUUAUUGGACAGAAAGUCCAUUAUUGUUCCAUUUUCUAAAGCACUUACUCUAAAGUGUGUAUAGUUCAACAUAUAAUCAUGAUUCUUUUAAAUAGAUGGGAACACUGCACUCCCUACUUGGUCUGGGAUUAAAUAUAUCCAAAUUUGAUGAAAUAUCCUGACCAAAAUGUAUUAUAGGAUAUCCACACAAAAAUAGCAGAGUUCCCAACUUCCUAUUGUAAAACUAAUUGUCCAUGUUUUAUAGGGAACUUGUAAAUGCUUGUCUGGUAUUUCCUCCAGUAGACUCUAUAAUUACCAUAUAGGAUGACUUUUAUGUGUGAUAAUAUUUAAUGUGGCAUACAUAUUGGAUCUGCCAACAGACACAGAACAAUUUUCAGUUGUGCUUCAUUUGAGCUUGUAACUGUUCUGGUGAAAAACCAGGAUAACCAAAGUAAGUGGGGUCCCUUAAAUUAAUAUCAUGAACAGUUAUUUGUUGAUUAGUUAAAAUGGAAAGGGGUAACAGUGCAAGCUUUAGCAUUCCUAAUCUGGAAAAAUAACCAAAAUGCAGAAAAUAUUCACCAGAUUGAUCAUUUUACAGUGAGAGAGAAACAGAGUUAACAUUUUGAGUUGUUCACAACUGAUAAAUUAAAAAUUAAAUUUGUCAACUAUUCUGAAUGUUUUGAGCUUUUUCUGUUUUUGUUUCAGACUUCCAGCAUCUACAGUUUGGUUUUACUUUUCAGGUUAAAGUUAUUUCAGUCUGUAAGCAAGUCACUUGAAGGACAAAACAUUUCUAUCACUUAAUGUUUUUAUCUCAGUAAUUUCACAUUAUUCGUAAUCAGUAGAGACUAAUACAAAUUCCAAUUGCCUUCCAUCUUGCAAAGGGACACUGACAAGUCUGUAGUAACAAACAGCCAAAAACUGAAUUUUAAUUUCAGAGGGAGCCGUGGAAGUGUGUGUUAGAGUCUAACUCCCAUUUCCAGGCUUCCCUGCCAUCUGUGUUAAUUCAUGAAUGCAGACAAAACCUACUGACCACAAAGGCUACACUCCAGGGGGUGAAGAGUGAAUAAAUCAUCGAGGAGCCAUCUGUAAAUUAUUACUCAAUUUUAAGUUUGAUUGUAUAUAUUAGAUAUUUAGUAUCAAAAGAUUUUUGCUGCAAUUUUUGGGGGGACAAUAAUCCCUAGAUCCUGAAGUGAAUCAUGUUACCUACUGAUGUCAAGGGAGCUGGGUGGAGGUAAAACAAUCUUUGGCCCUCCUGUGGCAAGCCACCUUUGCUCUGUGAUCAGCACAAUUUUAUUUUGAUUGUGAUUUCCCUCCCUCCCACAUUUAAUGCAUUCUCUGUACUUUGCUUCUUGUAUCUACUAUCUGAAACAAUAAAUGUUAAAUUGCUGUAAAUAUUGCAGAUAUUAUACUGCUCAGUUUAAUUUAAUAUCACAACAGGGCAUGAAUCCACAUGAGGCUAUUUUGUGAACUUGUGCUUGAAAGUUUUUUGUAUGAAGUUCAUAUGUUAAGUUUCUAUGGUGAGAUGAAAUGGUACAGGAAACUAUAGCAGCCUCCUAAACAGAUUUUGAAAUGUGGCGGAAGUGCAUAGACUCAAGUAAUUGUUUUUUAAUGAUUGUAUUUAUUUUUCUCAUUUAAAUUAUUUAAAGCACCAUGUUUCAUGUAGAUGUAUGAGAACUAUUCUUACCAUGUAAAGUAUUGUAUUAUUGCAGACUUUUAAAUGUUGUCAAAAUAAAGAUGAUAAAGCAUAUAUCAAA